AUGUCGUCCCUCCUCUCGUCCAUCGCAGGCGCCUUCCGCGCACCCGCACCGCGCCAGCCAAAGUACAUCUCGGCGAAAGAGGCGCAGGACAUCGACGCAUGGCUCAUGGGCGGAGACGACAAGGGCGCAUUCUCGCUCGACCAGUUGAUGGAACUCGCAGGCUUGUCGGUCGCACAAGCCGUCGCCCGCCUGUACCCUCUCGGACCGAAACUCCCGCCCGAUGCGAACGGCGUCAAGCAGAAGCGUACAAACGAGCGCGUGCUGGUGUGCUGUGGACCCGGAAACCAGGGAGGGGACGGACUCGUCGCGGCGAGGCAUUUGUACCACUUUGGCUAUGCGCCGAGCGUCUUCUACCCUAAGGAGUCGAGCGGCGAGAUAUUCUACCGCCUAAAGAAACAAUGCGAGAACCUCGACCUCCCCCUCAUCGCCCCUCCCGCACACUCAAGCUCCAGCUUCCCCAUGGCCGCCGACGCGCAAGACGUCGCGUUCCGAAGGGCGAUGGAGAACACGGAUGUCGUGUUGGAUUGCGUGUUUGGCUUCUCCUUCCAGCCUCCCGCCCGCGCACCGUUCAUCACCGUCCUAGAGGAGUUCAAGAAGACUACCAAGCCCAUCCUCAGCGUCGACAUCCCGUCUGGAUGGGACGUUGUGGACGGAAACCCAGGCGAUGGGUUCACUCCCGACUCGCUCCUCUCGCUCACCGCGCCCAAACAAGGCGUCAAAUCCUUCGUCGAAAGCGGCGGGAAACACCUUCUCGGCGGGCGGUUCAUUCCCGACGAGUUGGCGGAGAGGUUUGGGCUGAAUUUGCCCGAGUACCCGGAGGAUGGGAGUCAGGUUGUCGAGUUGACUUGGAGGAAGGAGUAG